GAGAUACUGAGUAGCAUUGGAUUUAUCGUCAUUUUCCCAAGCAAUACAUACUAAGCGGUUAAAAAAUAUUGUGUAAAUAAAAACAAUCGUUUAUGAAAUGUGGCGAGCCGAAAAAUUCUGUUUUUGUAUGAAACUACGAAUUGGCUGCACAAUAAUAGCUUUUCUUACGCUUUUCCUUUGUGCCGCACACUUGGUGGAGUUUUUUCGAUUGAAGGAUCCUUAUAGCCCUGGUCAAACGUCGGACUGGUUUAACCUUCUUUGGGGAAUUUUCCAUAUGCUGGCAUCCCUGUGUUUAUCUUACUCAUUGCUUUUGUGGUCUCCCCUACCAAUUUGGAGCUACAUAAUUAUCGAGGCAGUUUACUUGAUCUCCAUAAUCAUUUAUACCUCAGUUACUUGUGCACUGAAAACAAAUACGUACGUGAGCUUCGGAUUAACGUACUCAAUUCUUUACUGGAUUAUUAUAAUCUGUAUUUGUGUUAUAACGACAUACUUCCUUUGGAUUGUCAUAUCGUGUUAUUUUUUAAUAAGGCAACGACGGCAGGAAGCUUAAGAGUAUAG